ACAUUGUAUUAGGAGAGUAUCCCAGUCCAAUAAGCUAGUCAAGGUCAUCUUUGAUCGACACUCUAGCAUUCUAGCACACAAAAUUUGACAUAUAACAAUCCCUCUCCAAGAAAUAGCAUAUUGUAGAAAUUUAUAACCCCUUCACUUUGGGAAUACUUUGUUUUUCUCAGACAUGAUUUUUAGCAACUAGAGAUCAUGUUAGCAACACAACUAGUUUACAGUUUGAUGUUGUUAAGUUGAGCUCGAUUUUUAGUUUUUUACUAAUAUUAGCUACAGCUAUGGCCAUUAUACUAACAGAUGCACAAUACAAUCUAUUUCUCUACUCCCUUGUAUCAUUCGUCUUCAUCUUGUUGCUCAAGUCCUUUUUCAGAAAACCUCCGACCAACUCAACAAAUCCACCGCCAAGCCCACCGGCCCUCCCGGUGAUCGGCCACCUCCAUCUGUUAAGCUCGGACCAUCAAGCCAUAUCCUUCCUUAACCUCUCCACCAAACAUGGUCCUCUCCUCGACCUCCGUCUCGGCGGUUCUCGGAUGCUCCUCAUCUCCUCAGCCUCCUUUGCCACCGACGUCUUCAAAACACAUGAUCUCGACUUCGCAGACCGCCCUGCAUUCGCUUUCGCCGACCAGCUCCCCUACGGAAACUCUGGUUUCUUCGGCGCGGAGUACGGCGACUACUGGAAGUUCAUGAAGAAGCUCUGCAUGACGGAGCUCUUCGCCCCCCGCCAGCUGGAACGUUCGCGAUCAAGUAGGCGGGCAGAGAUCGUCAAGUUCUGUCGUGCGAUGAUCGAAAGUGGCAGCAGAAAUGAGGUCGUUGAUGUUGGGGCUGAGCUGAUGAAGAUGACCAACAACUCAACGUGCAAGAUGGUGAUGAGCACCAGCAUGUCUGAGAAAGGCGACGAAGCUGCCAGGAUUAGGGAGUUGAUGAUCAAGACACUUCAGUUGGCUACGAAAGUGUCGUAUGGGGAUGUGUUGGGUCCUUUCAAGAGGGUCGGCUUCUGGCUCUAUGGCACUCAACUCGUUGAUGUGUCGUUGAAGUAUGAUGAGCUUUUGGAGGAGAUGUUGAAGGAUCAUGAAAAGAGAGGGGAAGGAGAUCAGAGAGCUGAUGAGGAUCUUGAUUUGGCCGAUUUAUUGUUGAAGGUGCAUCAGGAUGAUAAGGCUGAGCUCAAAAUUACCAGAACUCAAAUCAAAGCCUUCUUGCUUGAUCUCUUCAUUGGGGGCACUAUUUCUUCAACAGAGACAAUGCAAUGGGCAAUAGCUGAGCUCAUAAACCACCCGGAUGCAUUCAAAAAGGUGAGAGAAGAGAUCAAUUCGGUUCUGGGUAAUGCCUGCAGAUUAGUUGAGGAAACAGACGUACCUAGUCUCCCUUAUUUGCAAGCAGUUGUGAAGGAAGCAUUGAGACUAUACCCUCCAUCUCCUGUGGUCAUAAGGAAAAGCCGGCAAAAUUGUAAAAUCAAAGGCUUUGAUAUAAAUCAAGGAACUAUGGUGGCAAUUAAUGUGUAUGCAAUUAUGAGAGAUCCAGAGAUAUGGGACAAUCCCAAUGAGUUUCGUCCAGAGAGGUUCUUGGCUUCCACUGGUGAAGGACAUGAUGGUGUUGAGUAUGAUCAAAAGGAACAGAAUUUUGUGGCUUUUGGCGGGGGGAGGAGACGUUGCCCUGGCUCUUCAGUGGCGCUUUUACUGGUGAACACUGCAGUUGCAGCCAUGGUUCAAUGCUUUAAUUGGAAAGUUGGGAAAUUAGAGGAUGAUGAUGCCAAGGUAAAUGUGCAGAUUGGAGCAGGCAUAAGUUUGCCAAUGGCUUCCCCACUUAACUUGCGUCCUAUCAUUCACUUCAACCCAUUUGCCGCAUUGAUAUAAUUUCUAUACUAUGAAUUUCUCGGAAGCAGCAUGUCCCAGCCAUUCUAUAGAUUUUGAUGUUUUAUGGUCAACAUAGUAUCAAUUUUGAAAUAAAACAAGAUCACUUUGAACAACC